CACCAGCGUGCUUGUAGCAAAUGUGGGUAGAGUCCUUCCCAAAUCUUUGUUCGCGAAGCCUAGCCAUGAUAAUGAUGAUUAAUGUUUACUGAGGAAAUCAGUAUAUUUUCCACUGAUUUAUUCUGGUUUAACCUGUGUUAGCAGUUUGGUGUUACUUGUUUUCUUGAUUGUCUGCAAAUCCCUCCUUUGGUUCUGAGCAAACUGACAUUAUUUUUCAUUUUGUUGAUGGCGAGUGCCUUUUCCCCCCACUUAUUUAGGAGUGGGGAGUACUGAGGCAUUGAACAGGACUGUGACAUCAAUGACUUCACAGUUUUUAGGAGUGUGUGACACUUCUGCCUCUUGAAAUUUUCCUCUGAGCCCUGUCUCCUUACUGGAGUAACUGUUCAAAGUUUAGCAUCAUACAUUCAUGGUACUUCACAGAAAAUCUGGAGGUUAUUUUCAGGUGGUUCUUGCUUAAUCCCGCAUUCCCUCAUCCCAUUUUUCAAUCUAGGAUUCUCACAUAAGUAUCUUUAUUCCUUCUUAAAUUGGAUAGAAGCAGUACUGCUGAGGACAAGCUGCUGGGAGGUUUUUAAGAUUAGCGGAUAUACCCUCUGUAUCCCAGAGGGAGAAAUGAAUUAAGAUGGCAAAUCCUUCCUAAUAGCUAUGAUGCUAAAGCCCCAAUCUUUUUCUGAUAUCUAGAAUGCAACAGACAGGAACUCCUAGUUAGCAAAGUGAGGCUUCAGUGGUGAUCACAUCAGCAAGUAGCAAGGAAGAAGUAGAUGUCUGGGUAUAUAAAUACCUAUAGAUUGGUAUAUGACUGUGUCCUGCCUGAUAUUUAAGGGUUUUGGAAUGAGGUGAUCUUUAAGGUUCCUCACAACCCAAACCAUUUUGUGGUUCUGAGUAUAAAAACAAUUGAGCCAGAAAGCUAAACACACACACAAACUGAAAUAGUGCUGAAGAAAAGAAAAUUGCUUCCAAAUGUUUGACUUCAAAGCUUGCAAUAUAUGCCUUCACAUCUGUAUGGUUACUAAUAUAAGGUAUUGUAAGUCUUGAAAAUACAUGUAGUUCUUCCUCUGAUUAUCAUAUAGAAGAAGUUUCAGAGCUGUUUGUAGGCAGCACCUUACCCUUUCUCUGAGGCGUGGGUUAAGUACAGAUGAGGAAUGCUCUGCAGUGUGAUUUCAGAGCCCAUCUGAUUGUAUUCUUUUUUUUAACAAGCAGCUCAGUCCCGGCGCACUUUCCCCGGGUUGUGUGCUCAUUCAUUCACAGGGCAGCUGGAACGUGCCAGGUGUUUGCCUUGGGGAGAAAUCCCAGCACACGGAGGAUUUCUCCGGUGGUGGAUCCUCCCCCAUCACGCGGCAGAGCUGGACCAAAGCCGCAGAUGUGCUGCGUGUGGAGCCACUACCUCCCUUCCCAAUGGAACGAAACGCUGCCCUGAGGUUCUUGCUGCUGUUCCUGUGUGUGGGAUCCGGGGUGUCCGUGGAGCAAACGACUGUGACGUCAGGAAACAGUUCACAUGAAUUCUCAGAUCAAGAUUCUCUGCAGAGAAAUGAUCAACAUUACGAAGGUGGCGUGAAGCCAAAAUUGAAUGUCAGUCAAGUGGCAAUUGCGCAGGUUGUCAGCCACAACUUCAACAGGGAAGGGCAGUGGGAAGGAGCAUUCUGGAGGCGGUUCUCCCACAGCCACCACAGCCCCCUCAAUGUCACGAUCAAUGGCAUCCCCUGCAUCCUUUUCUGGGCCAAGAGGAUCAUGAUCAGGCUUGAAAACCACACUCAGCUGGACUUGACAGAGAAGGCAUUUGGUGUCCAUGCCACAGUGGAUGUUGGAGACUCAAACUGCAGUGAAGACAGUGCAAUGCUUUCUCUGAAGUUUGGGGACAUUGGCAAUCUAAAGGGACUAGUUAUCAGGUUCUUGCUGACCACCAGCUACUACCAGCUAUCUGUUCAGAACUGGUUCAGCCUGCACAGGCUGCAGCUGCUCUACAACCACUCGGUGCAGGCGACGUUCAAUGCGACCCGAAUCCAUGCGCCGGCGACUUACUCCUACCACUGCGACCAUGUGAGCAGCCUGCAGAGAUACGAUGCUCUCCUCAUUCCCAGCUCUGCAAAUGACCUCUCACAGCUCUGGGAAGUCACUUUUAUUGAUUUCCAGAUCCAAGGUUUUAACAUCCAGGAAGGACAUUUUGCCUAUGCAAAGGACUGUGCAUCCUUCUUCUCUCCAGCAAUACUGAUGGGACUGGUGAUGUCCCUGAUCCUGCUGCUGGUCCUUGCCUAUGCCCUUCACAUGCUGAUCCACCUCAAAUCCCUUGACAGGCAUCAUGAGUGCAAAGCUUCUCCUGCCUAUUUUGCACAGAUGAAAGACAACGACAUGGGAGAUGAGAAGGAGCCACUGAGAAACAGUGGGAAUGAGUCCUAUGAACUUAGAAACAAGCAGUUUGGUAAAAUCUAUAUUUAGCAAUGUGCAUCUAAGUGAAACAAGAGGUAUUUUCUUCUGCUGGCACUGUUGUGUGUAGUUGGCGCAGGUCUUUCACCAGCUGAUGAAAGGAAAAGUAGGUAACAGACUGUUUAACUGGUUAUUUAUUGAUCAUCAUCUUAAAGACGCCUUGGGAAACAAGCUGAGAUAAAAAAAAUUCCAUUGUGAAUAAGAGAUUCAUGUUAUGGGACUUUAUUCCUGUAGCAAAAAGCCAAAAUGCAUAGCUUUUCAUCCUGCUUACAAGGUCUCGAAGAGAGAAUCAGUAAUGAAGACUGAAAUCAAAUAAAGAUACUAAAUAUAUAUGUAUCUAUAUAUAGAUAGAUAGAUAUAGAUGUAAAUCUCUUAGCUUGUUCUUUCAGAAGGCGAGAUAUUUCCUUAUUUUGUAUUUCCUCUGUGUCUUGACAAAAUAUCAUAAAUUUCUUUCUCAGGAUGUGCUUUCCUUUUAUUUUCCAAAUGACAUCCCUUCCUCUUAGUCGUCAUAAACUCCUUUUCCUUCAGAGCCACUUAAGCUGUGUUUUUAUCCGCAGUGAUGGCUCCAGAACAGCAGCAUCCUGAUACUUCCCUGUGUCUGAGCUGGAGGCUUACUCUGAGGAUCCAGUGGGAGAGCACCAGACAUCUGGUCAAAGGCUUACCCUUAACUUCCUGGCUCAACUGCACGCCAGAAGAGGGAUUAUGAGCAUUAUACCCUGUAAUUCAAGGUUAAUUUCUUUCCUAUGAAAUCCCAUCAGUCUCCCUUGUGAAUUUUACCUGAAUGGGGGUAACCAGUGCUAUAAUUCAAAAUCUAUAUAAGCAAAGCGGAGGAAGCUCCUUAGCAGUGAAAAGGUACUGUGAUAUGAUUUUCAGUGCUCUGUCUGAGCAUUUAGGACACGGUGGUCCUCAAACUUGUCCUUUCUUCCAUUAGAGGCAAAGUUUGGGAACUCCAAAUUAGCCAUGAUUUGGCCCUGAUUUCUAGUAAGGAAGAGCACAGUAACAUACCAACUAUAGUGCUUUUAAGUUAUAAGUAAUACUAUGUAAUAGUAAGUAAUAAUAUGUUAGAAAAUCUUCUACAAAUGCAGAUUUAGCAGGCAUGUUUUAUGCCUGUUUAAUUUUAGAUAAUAGAACUAAUUAGUUGUUUGUAGUCUUUGUAAACUAUACUGCAGUGGUUUUUAAACACCUUGAGAGGUGUCCAAAGAUCUCCUAAUUAUUAGGUAGGCAUUCCUGAAUAUUUCCUGGUUUGUUGAAGUUUAUGCAGUUUGAAAUAGAGAUUCUGGAGAUUCUCAAUAAGUGAUGCUGGAGAUGCAUCAUUAAGGUGAAAGGUACCAAUUAAAUAUUGCUGAGCCAUCAGCAGUGACACACAGGUGGAACCCAAAUCAGUUGGUUGAUUUAGAGAAGUACUUCAGAGGGAAAACACAUAACCAGAAGUAAGGACUUACCACAGCUGCCUGUGGGCAGCUGCUGCCAAACUGUCAUUUGUUUCAUAAAGGAAACAAGCGAAACAAUGAAUGCCUGGGAACCUGAGUGAGGUUAACAAGAGAAGGUGCAAAUCAAAACCAGGGUAUUCCCUGCUGCGUGGCAAAACACUCUCCAGCUUGGUGCCCUCUGCUUGCACCCAGUGGGGACAGAUGUUGGCAGUUGUUAGAGAGAGUUCAGGAUGCCAGUGCUAAAUAGGUGAUGCUCCCUGUGGUCUGGAGAGCAGUGCUGUCAUGCCCUGGGGGUUGGGAAAUUAAAACCUGACACCAGUCAGUGGCAGCCUGUCAAAAUGACUGUCAGUCACUGGUGUGAAACGCUCACCCUGCUGAGCCAAGCACGGCAGCGCUUCCUGAACCUUGUGUUCUCUAGGACACAAAGGCACUUCUUCCUCCCACAAAGGUCAUUUAUCCUUCUAGUUACUGUCUGAUGGUGCUGUCAGGGUAAUUCUUACCUGUCAUUUUCUUGCAUGUUUUAAAUGGGCAAAAUUAGCCCUGUUGCUGUGAGAGAUUCUUACAACUCUGAGACUGGGAAUAAGAGAGAUACCCUCCAGUCAUAUCCCUCAAUCAUCAUGUCCUUUUCCAACCCAACUGUGUUCUCUGGACUUUGAGGGUGAAUAUCUGCUGGCUUUGUGCUUGAGAGACUCAUCACUGCAAACCUGCAGUGUGUAACAGUUCAGGUUUUUUUGGCGCAGACUUUAAUGAUGUGUGUGGCCCUUUUAGCAGGAAGACACUUGACCAAAAGAUAGGAAUUUGUACCUGCUGAUUUACAAGGCAAACUUUAGAAUAAAACAGAGUGAAAAAAAUGAAAAGGAGAGGUAAAAGUAAAAAAAAUUGCCAAGAAAAAUAAAAUUUGUUUCCUUUUAUCAGCUCCUCCUAAACUAUGACACAACUGGUAUUAUCCCCAGGAUCCACUGGGACAAGGUGCAUAGGUAGUAGUUAUCUCUGCUGUGACUUUUAGUGUUGCAGUCUUUCAUGGUAGUGGAAGGUGACUCUACUCCUCCAUGUAUCCCCUGUAUCAUCACAAAUCUACUCAAGUGCCAGCAAGAGUCAGAAAGGAUAAACACACUAAUUGAAUUAGACAGGAAAUACAGUGCUCAUCAUAGGACUGGAAUGAUGAACCUUAUGUUUGUAAAGAGUUAAUGGUGCAUUAGUGGAAAGAGCACCAGAAGAAAAAAAUUGAUCAUAAUUGCAGUUUCUGUCUCCUUGUGCCAUGUAUAAAGGCAAGCACCCAUGGUUGAAAAAGAUGAAAAUGUGUGGCUUUGCAUUCCCACUAAGCUGUAUUUUCUGUGAACCAAGCAAUCCUUAUCAAAUGCACAUUUUGGAGCAACAGGGACAGUCCAUUGCCCUGAAAGAAGGAGUCCUGAAAGAAGAAAAUUCAAGUUAAAAUUAUUUGUGUGCUACAGAAAUAAGCUACAUUGGUACUAACAGACUCAUUAAUAAAAGAUAAGCUUUUUUUA